AUGCCCGACAUGGGCCAUGCGACGACCCUGCCCCUCGAAUUGAACGAUUCUGAACUUAGUUGGCCAUCAGCAGUACGAACUGCACGACGCCAGGAGAUUCUAGAUGUGGCAACCAUGCCGGACACGGGUCGUGUGACAAACCAUCCACCGCUUGAACAAUUCUCAACUUUGCUGGCCACACGCCGUACGAAUUACGGGACGCUCGCGAAGCCUGGACGUGUCAAUCAUGUCCGACAUGGGUCAUGUGACAAGCCAUCCACCUUGCCCUGGUCAAUCCUGAGCUCGGUAGACUGCUUGCAGUACGAACUGAACGACUGGUCUCUGCUCAUGCCUUUCGACGGUCUAUCGGACUACCGCGCACACAAUGGCAAACAGCCUUGGGGACGACCGGAAGUCUCCACCAUUCGAUGCUGUAAGAGCUGGCUCCGUGACAAGGCACGAAGUGUCCAGCUGCAGCAUGCUAGCCGGCCGUCUCAAGACCUGUGGACGACGACCAUACAUCUCUACCAUGCGGUGCAGCAGGAGCCGGCGCUCCGAAACAAGAUGCGAAGUGUCAAUUUGCCUGCAAGCAAGCGGUCGAUCUUACAACUUGGGGAUGACCGUGCAUCUCACCACAUGCAGCUGCGUUCUAAACACGACAACAUGGCGACAGAACCUUACCUUCCCAUAUGCCACAGGUGGAUUAUCCCUCUGCUAGAAGGCGUUGAUAAGGACGCUCAUCAUACCGUACGAGUACCGGCUUGA